AUGACAGAACCGAUAGUUAACCCGGAUCCAACCCCCAAUGUUACGACCGGACCCCCGAAAAAAGUUAAAGAUCCACGUAGAGUUGAAGCGGGAAAAAGACUGGCAAAGAUUAGUCAGCAGGCAAAAAAAGUAAAAAAGGCAAGGGAAGAGGAAAAUCUAAAAGCAGAAGUUCGUGAAAGUUGUAUGACGGAAAGUGAUGGAGGAGGAUGGAUUUCCGUCGAAAAAUUAUGUAUGAUUCUUGGAUUGGGAAUUGGGUUAGGAUCGUUGUACUUAACGUGGAAAAGUCGUGAUGAAAAUCCUGUGAGACAGAUGAAUGAAAUUGUGGGUGAUCACCGGAAGAACCUAUUGUUGACUUGUUUGAUUGAAUAG